UUAGAUAGUGUCCAUUCGUGUGCAUGAUCUCCCGCCCCGCCCGUCAGCAACACCAUCACCAGCAGCGUCAAGGCUCAGUCGAUCAGUAGGCGUGUGUGCUCUCUGCUGGGGGUGGCUGAGAGGUGCUGAAGGGCGGUGCUGGGCGUGGUGAAGGCUGCUGAGUGGAAUAAGUUGAUUGUGGAGAGGACUCCUCCUCCUGGCCUGCUGCCCUUUACGUCUCCUGCUUAUUCGGCUUCUGCUGGUCUGCUUACUGCACGUCCUCCUCCCCCUCCUCCUCUUCCUCUCCCUGCUGCUUGUGGACUGUUUUGCGCCGCUCCUCGUCCUCUUUCAACGCCAGCAGCCAUGGAAGGAAGUGUCGCCCCGGAGAGUCAUGUCCAUCUCCGCCGCUGCCUCCUCCUCGUCCUGCUUCAUUUCCUUCGUCAGGGGGCGGCGGCGGAGGGGGCGGGAGGGGGCGAGGAACAGCUGACGGCGCCGUGCAAAGAGACGGCGUGGCUUACGUUCUCAACACAAGACAUCGAACUGGUGGCGAAGAAGCACGAGAACGCCACAGUGAUUCUCCAGGCCUGGGGGUCGUUCAACCAGUGCCUUGCCGUCAACUUCACCUACGACCCAGCCAGCCCCAGCGUCGAGCCCCUGGAAGACCUUGUUCUCUGUCCAAGCGUUCCUACUUCGACUACCACCGCGACCAUAACCUCUUCUUCUGCUACUUCGACUUCGCCUUCUCCGUCUCCUUCUUCUGCUUCUUUGGUGUCUGUAUCUUCAUCAUCUGAUUCUACUUCUGGUUCUUCCCCUUCUUCUUCUUCUACUUCGCCUCAUCUUCCUCCCUCUUCCUCUUCGUCCUCUCCCUCCAAGAGAUGCAAAGGCUGUGAAAAUGGACGUCUGGAACCCCUUAAAGAAUCUCCCCUUUCCACCCCUCCACCCCGACGCCCUAGGCCACCCCUCCCCCCCUAUCUACAUGUGUCAGGAGUCAGUUUUGCAGGGGGGAAGUCUUCGGCAGGGGAUGAUGUGGUUGCCAACGUGAGCGUGGAGUUGGUGAGCCGCUGGGUUGGCAAGACUGUGGUGGGGGUGACGACGAACGGCUCCUGUGUGGGAGUGACGGACGCGUUCGUGCGGGUGUCCGUGAUCCACAGCCGCGCUCUGGACGUGUCGGCGGACGUGAUCGGCUGGCUGUACACCAUUCUGUGGGACUUGUCCUUCCUCCCACAGGUCUGGCUCAACUGGCGGAGGAAGAGUGUGGAAGGGCUCAGUCUGGACAACGUGACCCUCAACAUCAUCGCCUAUCUCUGCUACACUGUCUUCAACGUCGCCUUCUGUUACGUUCCCUUCAUUCAGGAUCAGUUCAAGGAGCGAUAUCCAAGAACCGUCAAUCACGUCCAAACCAACGACGUCUUCUUCGCUUCCUACGCGCUCUUCAUGGAAAUCGUGCUCGCCAUCCAGUGCUUCUUGUACGGGCGGAACGCGGGGCUGAGCGUAUCGUGGCUCUGCAUGGCUCUCGUUGGCAUCUCGGUGGUGGCGGUGGGCGUGGACUGCGUGCUGGUGGCCGUCGGGGUUGUGUGGUGGCUCGAUGUCUUCUACCUGAUGUCUUAUAUGAAGCUGGUCAUCACGCCGCUCAAGUACAUCCCGCAGGUGUACGUCAAUUAUCAGCUGAAAAGCACCGAGGGUUUCAGCAUCUUCGGAAUCACGAUGGACUGCGCGGGCGGUGUGUUGUCCCUGGCGCAGAUGUUCCUCCUCUCCGCCAACAGCAAUGACUUCGCCUCCAUCUUCACCAACUUCAGCAAGUUUGGUCUGGGCAUCAUCUCAAUCAUCUUCGAUAUCAUCUACUUCGGCCAACACUGGUACUACCACCUCAGGCACCAAAAAUGACCUCAGGGAGCACCGGGGGAAGAGGAGCCACAGGGAAGGGGCGAGGACCGCGGCUCAUCGACGAGCUUUCGGGCCGCGCGGCGCCCCCGUGGCUGUGGUCAAGAUCUGCUGCGGCGGUCACGUCACGACAUCGUCACUGUGUGUCAUUUGCUUUCAUCGCCAUGUAAAUUUCAACAUCAUUAUUUUUUUUACAUCAUGUACUUAUUACUAUAUUCGGACAUUCUUGUAAGCAAUUAUUUCACGUUCAAAUCAUUUAUAUAAAUAUGUAGUUGCU